AUGUGUCUCGACGAAGCACCUGUAAGUUAUUUUUCGUCCAGCGUCCCUCGAAGCCUUUCGUCGUCAUUGGAGGAUUUGAGCGUUUCUCCACCGGGUGUAAUGACACCACACUGUCUGUUGUUCCCGCGCACGGCCGACAUGCCAUGCUCAGACGCAGCGCCGGAGACGGCUACACCCGGGUCCUCGUGGUCAUCUUCUUCCAAACGCAGCGAAAGCGUCGAGUCACCACAGUCUUCCGUCACUUCGAUUGGAGAUAUCCCGCCGGACUCCAAGCCUGACAAUGCCUCCGAAUCGACGGUGGUUGCUGUGCCAUGCACGCAUGCCACAUUGGCCGAGCCAAGGCCUAGCCAGUCUAGUUUGCCUAUGCGGCGGCGAAGCCGCAGUGACGUGGGAGUGCGAUCCGAUUCAUGGGGCAUAUUCCGUGGCAUGGAGCUGGACGAUAGCCCCACUUGCUCGCCUUCGCCUACGGCGUUGCCUGAGACGCCCUCAAGUCCUGUUUCUCCCAUUGAUUCGCCGCCAUGCCCCCCUAACUUGAUGCCCACGCUGGAACCCGUGAGGCCAAGCGACUUUUCAGCCUUUGUCUCUGGUAUUGGUGAGCCUAUCGACCCAGACCUGGAGUCAACGACUGUCGAGCAGCUUAAAGUGUUUCGACAGCAUGCUCGCAGCCGUAGUGUCGGGCCUCGCGACUUCCGCUCCGGGUCUGACCACGAGGAGCAUGACCCUUCCCUGGACGAUACCCGCAUUGAAAACACGCUGGGCUUGAGCCCGCGUCGCUGGCGCAUGUCGUCUCCUCGCCCACCGCUCGCAUUGGUACGUGACACGUCACAGAUCCCAGCGCUGACAGGCCUGGGUACGGCGUUGUGCAAUCCGGGCUACAUUUUGCGACCGAAGCAGGAUGUGCAUGAUAUGCUUCCUGCAGAUACCUUGGACGAUCCGCCACGUUCGCCCAGAUUGGUGUCCACUUCCACCGCCUUGGAUGAUGUGCCGAGUGUGGGUGACAUGGAUGGGGUCCCUGUGCUGUCGGACUCGAUCACGUCCAACGUCGAUGAGCAGGGUUACCAAGAAGUGCGCUCUCGGCGCCAGCGGCAGCGCGACCGCCACUCCAGUGGAUAUGCGCCGCGCCCGGCCGUCGAGGACCCCGUUCCUCCGUCACUUGACGUGUUUGAAGAGUCCAAGCCUGAAAGCCCAUGCGUUGACGAAGACCGACGUGGACGCUCGCGCAGUCGCUCCUCUCACUCCAACGUGCAAACGAGCCAGACGUUGGCCAGUAAAACAGUCAAGUCCGGCUCCGUGCUGGGCGUGUCUCACCGCCGAGGCAGCCAGCGUCGUCGCCAGGGUAUGUCCUAUGCGGCCAUUGCAUCGCAGGGGCGGGAGACUCCUUCGGAGCCUCGGGGACGGGGCCGCAACCGCGGCCGCCGGGAAGCGAUUAAAAAGCUGGCGACGUCGCAAGAUCUUGCCGAGCUGUCAGCGUCGACUCGCGAGACGAUCGUCCCUCAUCAAGAGAAUACCUGUGGCGAAGAGCCUGUGGAUAUGCCACGCGUGCGUCUCUUGAGCAACAGCGCGCAUCUGCUGAUGCUCAGUUUGGAAAUGGCUAUGAUUAAAAACCACAAAAUUUACACGCCGCUGAAACCCCGUUGGGGUAAGCACCGCGAUGAUGAUUUCCACCCUGUUCCCACAAUUGAGCAGCGUCUGAAUAAAUACUACGGAGCCAGCCAUGAAGAUCUACCAAAGGGGAUUCGACCGGGUUCCAUGUACCAAUAUGUUGAUGACCAUGGCUCGCGACUCAAGUAUCCACUCGGUGCCAUGUAA